GCAAACUUACAAUCAAUUCGAAAUAAACUUCUCAAUUAAAAUGGGUAUACCAAAGUUCUUUAGGUAUAUAAGUGAGAGGUAUCCUUGCGUUAGUGAAUCGUUAAAGGACUAUCAGAUACCAGAGUUUGAUAACGUAUAUUUAGACAUGAAUGGUAUCAUACAUGGAUGUUCGCAUCCUAAUGACAGUGAUGUUACAUUUCGUAUCACAGAAGAAACUAUAUUUAAAAAUAUAUUUCGGUAUAUUGAAAUAUUAUUUAAUAUGAUCCGACCUCAGAAGUUGUUUUUUAUGGCAAUCGAUGGUGUAGCACCACGUGCAAAAAUUAAUCAACAGAGGAGUAGACGUUUCAGAGCUGCAAAGAAUAUGGAGUCCCAAGAGGCUAAUGCAAAAGUAAAAGGUAUCAAUGUGCCGAAUGAGAAACGAUUUGAUUCUAAUUGUAUAACUCCAGGAACACUUUUUAUGUAUAAACUGGAUAAACAAUUAAAAUAUUUUAUUACAUACAAAAUUUCAAAUGACAAACUUUGGCAAAAAUGCAAAGUUAUAUUCAGUGGAUCUCAGGUCGCGGGUGAAGGAGAACAUAAAAUAAUGGAUUAUAUUCGUUACAUGAAGUCCCAACCAGAUUAUGAUCCACAUACUAGACAUUGUUUGUAUGGUCUAGAUGCAGAUUUAAUAAUGUUAGGUUUAUGCACUCACGAGUUGUAUUUUACAUUACUGAGGGAAGAAGUGAAGUUUGGUAAACCGCAAACGAAAAUUAUAACUCCCGAAGAAACAAAGUUUUGUCUCUUCCAUUUAUCCCUGUUAAGGGAAUAUAUAACUCAUGAAUUUUCUUCAUUAAAGGAGAAGUUACCUUUUCCUUUUGACAUUGAAAAGCUCAUUGACGAUUGGAUUUUAAUGGGAUUUCUUAUAGGAAAUGAUUUCAUUCCACAUUUGGCAAAUUUACACAUUUCAAAUGGUACAUUGCCUGUGUUGUACCAAGUCUAUAUAGAUGUAUUACCAACAUUAGAUGGGUAUAUAAAUGAAUCGGGAACUUUAAAGUUGGACAGAUUUGAGAAAUUUAUGGAAAGGCUUAGUCGGUUUGAUUUAUUAACAUUUUCCGAUCAUUGGGCAAAUUUGAAAUAUUUUGAGAGUAAAACGGGAAGGCGUUUUACUGAAUCCGACAGAACCGGUUGUAAAAAAUUAGAAGAUAACAAAGAAAUUCUAUUUUCAAAGAGUGCAGAAGAUAAAGAAUUUGAUGCUUUACUUAGAUCUGCGGCUGACAUGUCGCCGGAUUCUGAUGAAAAUGAAGAAGAUGAUGAAUCGGAACGUGAAACUUAUAAUAUGGAAUUUGUCCGACAUAAAAAAGAUUAUUAUAUAAAUAAAUUAGAACAUGAAAAUAUAGAUGAAGAUUUUCUACGUGCUCUAUGUGAAGGCUAUGUCAAAGCAAUUCAGUGGAAUUUAAAUUAUUAUUAUAAUGGAUGUUGUAGUUGGUCGUGGUAUUACCCACAUCAUUAUGCACCUUACAUUUCGGACAUAAAAGGUUUUAAAGAUUUAAAAUUGGAAUUUGAUUUAGGAGAGCCAUUUUUACCGUUUCAACAACUAUUAGCCGUAUUACCGCCAUACAGUAAAGAUUUAUUACCAAAAGCAUUCCAAACAUUAUUAACUGAGGAAGAUUCACCUAUAAUCAAUUAUUAUCCAGCGGAUUUUAAGACAGAUUUGAACGGUAAACGACAAGAAUGGGAGGGUGUUGUACUUAUUCCGUUUAUAGAUGAAAAAGAUUUACUAGAUGCUAUGGAACCUUGUUAUUCGCAAUUAAAUCCCAAAGAAUUGAAAAGAAACAGGCAUGGGCCAAUGUGUUUGUUUUCUUACACAGAAGAAAAUAUGGGUAUCUGUAAAGAAUCUAAAUAUUUUCCUGGCGUUGUCAGUCAUGUAAACGUACAGUUCUUAAAUCGCGAGGAUAUUAUUGUACCUCGGGAAAAAUUAGUGAGAGGAUUAUCUCCUGGUGCAAAAGUGGACGAGUACUGUCCUGGCUUUCCUAUGUUACGGUUCAUAGAACAUACAGCAAAGUUGGAGAAGACCAAGGUAAAAGUGUUUGAUCGAGGCUCGAUCAAUAGUAGUAUGAUUUUAUAUAUAAAACCUCCUCCUAAAACGGACUUGACGUCCGUAGCAUCCGAACUAUUAGGUAAAUUAGUGUUUGUAAAUUGGCCGCGCUUGACGGAGGCUCAAGUAGUGGGCGUUUCAAAUUGUGAUAAAAAAUUAAGCUUAAUUCACCCGCAAAUGAAUUAUUGUAACGAAAAUAUAAACGAAGAAGAACUGAAGGGUUUGCUUGGCCAGGAGUGGAAUAUGCAAAGGAAACAUAUCAUUGAAACAUACAAAGUUUCUCGUGGAAUAGAAGUCGGAGAAACAAAUAUUUUAAUUCAUGCACGACCAAUAGUAGGCAGUAAAUAUAUCUGUAACAAUCGCGGGGAAGUACGUUUCGAAAAACAGUGGUCGGAGUCGCAGAUAGCUUAUGCUUACCAAGUGAUAGUGAAGAAUAUUCCAGUCUUCAGUCAUCAUUCAUUAUCAUAUAAGAAUGUCGAUGAUAUUUUUGUCCCGGAAUCAAUUUGUUUUAUGUUAGGACAUCCUCAUUAUGGUGGAAUGGGGAAAGUAGUUGAGUCUGCGAUUUGUAAAAAGUCAGCCAGAAUAAAAAUAUCAGUGGCUGUGACUCCAGAACCAUCAUUAGAAGUGAUAAAACAGCUUCAGCAACAACAUAAAAUUCAAUAUAUGCGAGGAAGUAUAGCUGCGCAACGAUUAGGCAUAAGUGCUCACCUUUUGAGUAGAAUCACAGGUUCAAUUUAUGUGAAGCAAACCUCGGAUGAAUUUUAUCUAGAAGAGGCGAAGUACAAUAUUGGGUUGAAUUUAAAGUUCAACAAAAAAAACGAGGAAGUACCCGGUUAUACUCGGAAAGAAAAUGGACAGUGGCUAUAUAGUUCGAAAGCCGUUGAUUUGAUCCGUAGUUAUAUGGUGAAAUGCCCGGAAUUAUUCGAACGAUUAACACAGAUUGUGUCCAAUGAUGUUUUUAUGGAAGAUAAUUUAUUCGAUAAAGGUUCGGGAACAUUAAACGACAUUGUAGCGUGGUUGAAGGAGGAACUUCAAGGAUUAAAAAGUUGUCCCUGUGACACAGAAGCUCUUGAACCCAACUUAAUGAAGAAACUAGAGGAAGAAUUGGAUGAGUUUCUCAGUGCGCAGAGCAAUAAUGUCAAGCAUAUACCAAUGCUAGUAAAGCCUCAUUUGCUUUUCAAACCCGGUCUGAAUUUGCGUAACACUUCGCCGGAUCCACAAACACAAACUUACUUUUUGGAUAGAGUAUGUUGCAUCAGAGACAAUUUCAUGGUUCCUCUGGGUUUCAAGGGUACCGUCAUAGGCAUACACAAGGCUGAAAACCCACUGGACACAAUGUACGAUAUUCUGUUCGAUAAACAAUUCCCAGGUGGGCUCAGCAUAAACGGAUGCACAGACUUACGUGCGUAUCGUCUGUCGCCGAUUGAUUUAAUAAAUAUUAGUCACGGCGAGAGGAUAGAGCAUGCUAUGGAGGCCUGGAAGCACGCCUCCAAUCAGGAAGCUCAAUCGUGCGCAGCAAACGCAAGCGCUUUCGCGUCAUACAAGAAAAAGAAUCAUUCGUCGGCGGAGCCACUGACGUCGCCGAAACUGCGCAUUAUUCAGAGGAAUAAUGAAGAGUCGAAUCAGAGCUGUCGGUUGGCGCCGCCGCCGAAUGCUUAUAGAUGGAAGCAGUGCAACAUGCAGAACACCAUCGCGAACGUGCGAGAAACGCACAAACCGACCAAGAGUGCCCAGAACGCGCCUCUGGAGAAUACACCGGAAAAACCAUCAACAUCGAAGCCGUCAUUUGAGUUCCAAGCUUUGUGGAACGAAUUGCAUAAAUCGCAGAAGCCGAAUGGGUCGCCGAAGACUGCAGUACAAGUAUCGACAGGUCCACAGGUAAAGCAGAUCAAUAAAGGCUUUCCUGAAAGUUCCCCGCAAGAUCCUAGUGCGUUUCUGAAGGCCGUACUAAAAAUUUCGAAUGAAAACAUAGAACAAAGCACACAGUCAACAACGCCAAAAACGCCUUCCAAUAAUACAACCCCAAAAGAAGAUGAAACAUUGGAUACACCUCCGUUGGUGCAACAAUUAUUUGAUCAUGCUAGACAAAACGAAAAAGUAAAGGACGAAAAGAAAUUGGUCUGGUACUGUUCACAGUUAAUGUAUUACUAUAAACUUAGUGGAGUCGGAGUGCCUCGAUUUAGCUAUUUCACAGAUGAAAAAACUAAUUUAAUUCGUGCUCACAUACUCCUACCAGAUAAGAGGGUAUUUGUGGGAGAUCCCAGUUCGAAUCAUAGUCGAGCAGCAGGUAGUGCUGCCGAGAAAGUUUACACGGAAUUAAAUUUGGCCAAUGUACUACCAAAUAUGAAAACACUUUUGCUACCUCCGGUGCAUUGGUAUUCUGGCCGACAAAAUAAUUCUUGGCCGCCGAAUGUACGACCUCCAGGAGUACUGUUUCAAUCUGCAAAACCUCAACCACAUCAACACUACCAUCAUUACACACCCGUAAAAGUGCAACAUAAUCCAGGGUAUCAGCAAGUGCACAAUCAGAAUAAUCAGUACAAGCUGCAUUCUUCACAAAACGUAUCGAAGUCUGAAAUAAAAAACAGUACAUCUUUCGUUCCACUGCAAGCACAAAAAAAUAGUAGAAACAUCACUGCCAAGCAGGAUGGAACCAAGGGGACGAAUCAAUCUAAGAAAGACUAUCUUCAGCCAGUAGCACAACAGAAGAAGAAAAAUGAAUUGCCUACCAAGAAACAAGAAACCGUCGCCACGACUACCGAGAAACAAAAAUCUACACAAUGCAGUUCACGCCAAACAUCAAAUACACAGGAUGUAAUCGCAAAGCCUAAGAAAUCGCGGGUUGCUGCGAAAUUUAAUAUACCGUCUCAAGUUGAGGAAACAAAUCACAAUUCCAAAAGACGACAACAUUGGUCCUGCGUGUACAAGAGUGCACGCAACUGAUGCAAAACUUGGAAGAGAUUGAAGUCUCGUGUACAUAAUAUUCGGUUUGUAAGUAGCAUUACUUUAGAUUUCUUUUAUAAGUACAUAUAUUGGCUCAUUAUACUGUACAAAAGGACGUUAAAAGAUACGUUAAUUAUAAAUUGAUUUUUAUACGUACGAUUGGGGUCUGUAUGGAGGAACACUAUUAAGUAUUAUAGAAUACACGAAAUUAUGUUUGAUGUACUUUAGCACACUGACUAUUUUUAGCCGCGAAAUAUGAUCAUUUAAUUUACAUUAAACAAAAGCGGGGAAAAAAGUAUUUCAAUUUUAGUCGACUACGAGAUAUAACCCGUUAUUUUUGUGGGGUGUAUAUUUUGCUAAUCACUCAAUUAUUCUUACUCAGAAUUGGCAGAGUUUUGAUUUUUGACAUAACGAUGAAUCAUGUA